ACACGCACACACACAGCCGGGGAAGAUGGUCGCGGUGCAGACGUCCCCUAAUUCGUCCCCAUCGGCGGAGUGGAUCUGCUGCCUGGAUAAAAGGCCUGCGGAGCGCUCGGGAGAGGACGUGGAUAUUAUUCUGACCCGACUAAGAGAGGUCAAAGCCUUCCAGAGGUUCCCACCUCCGCUCCUACUGCAGAUCUGUGCCUGUGCCUUUUAUGAAUGCCUGGAGAAAGGCAUCACGUUGUUUCGACAGGGAGACAUUGGCACCAGCUGGUAUGCAGUCCUUUCUGGCUCCCUGGAUGUCAAAGUGUCAGAAACCGCUAACCACCAGGAUGCAGUCACAAUCUGCACGCUGGGGAUUGGGACAGCCUUUGGGGAGUCGAUCCUGGACAACACGCCGCGCCACGCUACCAUUGUCAGCAGAGAGACCAGCGAGCUGCUCCGGAUCGAACAGAGGGAGUUUAAGACUCUCUGGGAGAAGUAUCGUCAGAGCCUGGCUGCACUGUUGGCCCCUCCUUAUGGAGCCAUGGAGAGUGGAUCCAACAAUGACAGACUCACAGACAAAGACAACAUGAAUUCAGACUCUGCAAACAAAGCUCACAACAAGAUCCCCUCAGAGAAGCUGCAGAGAGCUGGAAAGGUUCUCCGCAACGCCAUCCUGUCCAGAGCCCCUCACAUGAUUCGAGACAGGAAGUAUCACCUGAAGACAUACAGACAGUGCUGUGUAGGCACAGAGCUGGUGGACUGGCUGGUGCUGCAGAGCGCCUGUGUGCUCACUCGCUCCCAUGCUGUCGGGAUGUGGCAGGCACUACUAGAAGAAGGGGUGCUAAAUCAUGUGGACCAGGAGCUCGGUUUCUAUGACAAAUACCUCUUCUACCGUUUUCUUGACGAUGAGGAGGAGGACACACCGUUACCUAGUGAGGAGGAGAAGAGGGAAAGUGAGGAAGAGUUGCCGGAGACCAUCCUCUUUCUUGCCCAGAUUGGCCCCGAUGCACUGCUGCGCAUGAUCCUCAGGAAAUCGCCUGGUCAGAGAACAGGCGAUGACCUAGAGAUCAUCUAUGACGAGUUGCUUCACAUCAAGGCCUUAGCUCACCUCUCCAACACUGUGAAGAGGGAACUGGCGAGUGUGGUGAUCUUUGAGUCACAUGCAAAAGCUGGAACUGUGUUGUUUAACCAAGGAGAAGAAGGCACAUCAUGGUACAUCAUCCUGAAGGGCUCCGUUAAUGUGGUUAUCUAUGGAAAGGGUGUGGUGUGUACACUUCACGAGGGUGAUGACUUUGGAAAGUUGGCCCUGGUUACAGAUUCACCUCGGGCUGCAUCCAUCGUCCUGAGAGAGGACAACUGUCACUUCCUGCGUGUGGAUAAGGAAGACUUCAACAGGAUACUCAGGGAUGUGGAAGCUAACACGGUGCGUUUGAAAGAGCACGAUCACCCUGUGCUGGUGUUAGAAAAGAGUCCUCGAGCCUCCACACUGGGAAACAUAAAGUACACUGUGAUAUCAGGAACUCCAGAGAAGAUUCUUGAGCACUUCUUGGAGACGAUGAGGAUGGACAUACAUCACAGUGACCCAGACCCAGCAGUGGAUGAUUUUGUCCUCAUGCACUGUGUCUUCAUGCCCAACAGCCAGCUGUGCCCUCUGCUCCUGUCACAAUACCAUGUGACAUCGCCGCCUGGCUCUGAACAGGAGAGGUUGGAGUAUGCACUCAACAGUAAAAGGAGGGCCCUGAUUAUGACCCUGCGCUGGGCAAACGCACAUACCUACCUGCUACAAGAGGAACCUGCUGCGAUCUUUUUCCUGGAGGAGUUGUAUGGAAGUCUAUCCAAUGACUCCCGUAUGCUGAGAGCUUUGAAAGAUUUGGUACCUGACCUGGAGAAAGUCGUCAAAUUGCACUCCGAAGAGGCCAAAGCAACAAAAAAGAAGACCCUAAUACGACAGUUCAGCAACGGAGAGGAAAGGCUGCAGAAGAAACAGCCAAUUAGAAAUCAAGAUGACAUCCUAUUGAAGGUGUACUGCAGCGAUCACACCUACACUACAAUCAGGAUUCCCGUGGCGGCGACGGGACGAGAAGUGAUCAGUGCCGUGACGGACAAGCUCGGCACUACCGAUGAGCUCCUGCUGGUCCACCUCAGCUCUGCGGGUGAAAAACAAAUCUUGAAGCCAAAUGAUGUAUCGGUGUUUUCUACUUUGAGCAUCAAUGGGAGAUUAUUUGCCUGUCCUCGAGAGCAGCUCAACAGUCUAACUCCUCUUCCAGACCAGGAAGGGCCCACUGCAGGCUCCAUGUCAACUUUUGAGCUGAUGAGCUCCAAGGACUUGGCUUAUCAAAUGACGAUGUUUGACUGGGAGCUCUUCAGCUGUGUUCAUGAGCACGAGCUGCUCUACCACACGUUUGGCUGCCAAAGUUUUAAACGAACUACGGCUAAUCUAGACUUGUUCCUGAGGAGGUUCAACCAGGUCCAGCUGUGGGUCGUCACUGAAGUCUGCCUCUGCGGACAGCUCAGCAAGAGAGUCCAGCUCCUCAAGAAGUUCAUCAAGAUAGCGGCACACUGUCGAGAAUUUAAGAACCUCAAUUCAUUCUUUGCCAUCAUCAUGGGGAUGAGCAACCCUGCUGUGAGCAGACUGAGCCAGACGUGGGAGAAACUUCCCACCAAGUUUAAGAAGUUCUAUGCUGAGUUUGAGAACAUGAUGGACCCAUCAAGGAACCACCGGUCCUACCGACUUACUGUUACCAAACUGGAACCACCGAUUAUCCCCUUUGUGCCACUUCUUCUAAAAGAUAUGACAUUUACACAUGAGGGCAACAAGACAUUCAUUGACAACAUGGUCAAUUUUGAGAAAAUGCGUAUUAUAGCAAACACAAUUCGACAAGUGAGACACUGUAGAAGCCAGCCAUUCAAUCCUGACAUUUGCCAGCCGAACAAGAAUCAAGCGGAGGUCCGGGCUUACGUUAGGAAGCUCUGCGUGAUUGACAACCAGAGGGCGCUGACGCAGCUCUCCUACCGGCUGGAGCCUCGGCGGACAUGAGCUCCAGAUCCUCCACCACGACGCCUUCUCUGUGAUGUUAGCAUAAAAAAAAACGAUAUAAAAUAAAUCAACACAACAGUAGCAAAUCGCAGCAUUCAGUGACUUUAGUGUUAUUAUGGACUAUUAAGGACUGUGCCGUGAAAAGCCUCUUCUCCCUGGACAAACAGAAGCUGUUCAGCUGCUCUCUUGUCGCUGUGUCUCAGUCAACAGGCUGAGGGUUCAUAUCGUACUAAUUAUUACUGUUUGGGACCUGUUAGAUAGAACUGUAAUGUAUAGAACUUGAAUCAAUAUCCUGCAUGACUGAAAUUCGUAGACCUUGUGUUCUAUACAGUGGAUUUCUAUCAGAGUGUCCUGUAAUGUCGUGCUACCCCAAAUGAGCCCUAGUUUACAAUAAAGUACUGUACCUGCCUGUAGAGCAAAUCGUUCUAUCCUGAUGAUCCCACUCAUAGACGCAAAACAGGAAACCCCACAAAUUGUAGUGAUCGAGACUCUUUGUUUACCCUGGUCAAUAUUAAAUCUCAAAGAGCAUACUUACUUUAUAAUCUAAAUAAGUCUAUAAGGACCUUUGAAAAUCUGUAGGAUUUGAUGUCCUUUAGGUAAAUAUCAGUGUCCAUUAAUUAGUUAGACACUUUAAACCUACUUAACAGAGUAUUAGUCAGAUUAAAUCCUUAAUGGUAUUACCGGCAGUGUUCAAAUGGGUCACUGUAGUAUUUAUUGUGAGUUUUAUUUGGAAUUAGGGUGCAGCCAAGCGUAUAAACCAUCCCGGAUAUGUUCUGCUGUCAGUUGCAAUGUCUUAGAUUUGGACUGACUGCAGCUACAGAGUCUAACUUACACUUUGAGGGGAAAAUCUUGUCAUCUCUACCAGUUGUGUUCAAUCCAUGUAAUUUUAUUUUUGUAUAUGUGCAUGUAGAUUUUGAGUGCGUUCUUUACAAGUGUCAUUAAUUUUGCUUUGAUCUCAGGAGCUUUUGCUGUGCUGGUGUGUGUUGAGAACUGCAGCGAGGCUGCCUUUUCCCAAAGCAGCCUCUAACUGUACUCUGUGUAGUCUGCCUUGUAAAUAAAAAUAGCUAAUUUAACAGUU